AAAUAAAUUGAAAAAACCUUGACGCAAAAGAAAAUGAAACGUUAGGCGGUUGAUGAUGGUUGGAAAAUGAAACAGGAAUCGACGAUUGGAAAACAAACUGGGAGGAGGUGAAUCGCUGCUUGGAGUGAAUGGGGAGAUGGAGAUGUUCCAUUCUCCUUGGAACCCUCCUCACCAGCACGUCCAAAUAUCCUACUCCUUACUUCUGCCGCCCUUUCACUCCUCUUCGCUACCUCCCAUUUCCUUCAAAUCCCAUUUCACGCUUCUUCAGAUUCUUCCCGUUUUCGGCACUCCCAUCUCCGGCCUCCGUGUACGCCAAUGACUUUGUUUCCGGGUCUCAUGAUUUUCCUCACGACUACAUCUUCCAACCCAGGGAGGACGAUGGAUCGGAAAAAAUCCCUGUUAAGGCCUUCUUCCUUUGCACUAGUAUUGAUUUAAGGAGCAUGCAAGCUGAGCAUUGGAGCAAUAUUGUUCCUCCUUCCUCUCGUUCAGCAAAUUAUAUUGUUCUCAGAUAUUACGAUUUCCCUUCAGAAAUCACUGGCAUUGGAGGUGAAGAUAAUGUGGGCUGCUGUCAUUAUAUGGUUGUAUUCCAAUAUGGAUCUGCUGUCCUAUUUAACAUUGUGGACAAUGAAGUUGAAGCUUAUCUGAAAAUCGUUAGAAGAUAUGCUUCUGGAUUGCUACCUGAGAUGAGGAAAGAUGAUUAUGCUGUAAAACAAAAUCCAGUCUUGGCUGAGGAUAUGCAGGGAGGUACUGACUACAUUGUUCUUAAAAAUCUGGACAUUGAUGGUAUCCGCAUUAUUGGACGUGUGCUUGGCCAAAGUAUUGCUCUGGAUUAUUUUGUUUCACAGAUUGAUGGUAUGGUUGAAGAAUUUACAGAUAUAAAUCGUGGAAUGGAGAAAACUGGAACUUUCACAAUGGAUAGGAGGAAGCUCUUCCAACUUGUUGGAAAAGCCAAUUCAAACCUAGCCGAUGUCAUUCUCAAAGUUGGACUCUUUGAGAGAUCAGAAAUUGCUUGGAGAGAUGCAAAAUAUGCCCAAAUAUUUGAGUACUUAUGGGAGGAGUAUGAAGUCACACAACGUUUUGGGAACCUUGAUUUCAAAUUAAAAUUUGUUGAGCACAACAUUCAUUUUCUUCAAGAAGUUCUCCAAAAUAGGAGGUCAAAUCUCCUGGAGUGGUGCAUCAUUUACUUGAUAUUUAUUGAAAAUGUAAUCUCAAUAUAUGAGAUUAUUCAUGAACCAACAGCAGUUUCUUUGUGAUCCAACAAGCAGAUAUGCAAAUUUUUUGUGAUCCAACAAGCACAUAUGCAGUUCAAAUUAUUCUUUGUGAUACAACCAAAUAAAGUUACUGUAUCAAAACUGACUAAUUUAUGAUAGCAAAACAGUUUGUCAUUA